AUGGCUACUCCAUAUGAUCUUAUAAGUCUUGACAUUUUAGAAGUUGACCCUCAGGAUGUUUUAGUGAUUCCACCUCCAUAUAAUGAUGAUGAUCAUUUGAAAUUAAAAUUGAAAUUAACUUAUCGACAAAUG